AUGGGUUCUGUAUCGGCUAGUGCGCGAGAGAGUUCUGUAGUGGCGGAUGCGUCAGGGCUUUUGCAAACGCUCCAAGGACAUGUCGAGGAUAUUCGUGCGCUUUUACAAUGCGGUAUCUGUGUUCGUCCGCUUUACGAGCCAUACACUUUGGCAUGUGGACAUACUUUCUGCUAUGGGUGUCUCACAUCAUGGUUUACGAGCGGGAGAUCGCACAAGACUUGUCCAGAUUGCAGAGCUCAGGUAAAAAUUCAACCAGCGCCAGCCUACUUGGUCAGGACUAUCGUUCAACUAUUUACUAGUCACGCGGAGCUUCUGGAAAAGGACGAAACGACCGCAGAACAUUCAAAGAAUCAACGCGAAGAAGCAGAAAAGCUCGAAGCAGACAAGUCAAACGAAGACCCUAAUACGGGCGGCCUGUUUCAGGGAUUUUUCAAACCAAAGCCUCACCCUGCAGGUCCUAUUUUUGAUACAGAAGACGGGGUAGCAAGGUGUCCGAAUUGUGCCUGGGAGUUAGAAGAGGAUUCCUGCAUGAACUGUGGAUAUCACGUUGAAGAUGGCACCAUGAGUUCGAUGAGCGACUACUCUGAUGACUUGUCGGAUAUGACGGACGAGGAUGAAAAUGAUGAUGAUGAUGAUGAUAACGACGACGACGACGACGAGAAUGACGAGGAGGAAAUGGGAGAUGCCGAUGCUGAUGCGUUUGCAGAUUAUGACGGCGCAUGGGUAGAUGAAUAUCCGCAUGCGAUGCCUUUCAGUUUCCGAGAAAUCCUUAAUGCUGCUCAACAAUUCGCUCCUCACCAACACCACCAUCACCACACACAUCCUUAUCAUCCAUUUCUGGGGCCUCCGGUGCAUAGGAGGCCUCCUUAUAAUUUUGACGGUGAACCGAAUUCUUCUAUAACCCACACCAGUGAGAGUGAAUCAGAAGAAGACGAAGACGAGGACAUGGACUCUUUCAUCGAUGACGAUGAGCCAGGUAUUGACGAUAGUGAAGAGGGAUCGCAUACCGAUCAUUCUACUGUUGUUGGCGAUCACGAUUAUAUGGGAUAUGAUAUCGGAACAGAUACAUCCAGUAUACAUGAGAGCCUAGAAAGCGAAUCAGCCGAGGAUGACGACGGCGAUGACGAUGAUGAUGAGGAUGAGGACGAUCAACCAAUUCGAUCGGCGCCCAUCCGAAGAACGGGCCAGUCUUCGCUUUUUCAAAAUAACCAUAAUCGACCCAUAGGCAGGGGAAGGCACCCCCAACCCUCAUUCGGUCUUCAACGUAACUCUGCCGCCGGGACCUCAGCAAGCAACGCUAUUAAUGUUGAUGAUGACUCGGAAGAUGAAAUGCCAAUUUCGGCGGCAGCAAGGAGAUCAAGGCCAAACAGGCGUUGA